AUGUGUUUUCCUUCUGUUUGCCAGGAAGAUGACAUCCAGUACAUGACACAAGCAGUGGUUUAUAAUUUGGGUUUUACAACAAAUGUUAUGGAAUGUCAGACAUCGUCGUCUAAAGAAUUAACAUUAUUUCAGAUUUUUAUAAUAGCACUGUUUAGUGCAUUUAUCAUAUUUGCAACUGCAGGAACUAUUUUUGAUGUGACAAACACGCAAUUUACUAAAAGUGAAGAUAAACCAUCCUACAAAACUGUAUUGACAAGGUUUGCAAAGUCGUUUUCAAUCUACGCAAAUACGAAAAGAUUGUUGAACCCUCUACACCAGAAUUUAAGCUGUUUCCAUGGAAUGCGAUUCUUCACUGCUUGUUGGAUUAUUCUUGGUCAUAGUUACUUUCUUCCAGAAAUGUGGUAUAUGAUGAAAUUAAAAAAUCUAAAAGGUUUUAAAGAAUUUAAAACAAAUUUGGCAUUAGCUAUAAUUGAAAAUUUUUCUUUAUCCGUAGACACAUUUUUCUUUAUGAGUGGUGUUUUAAUGACAUACUCAACAUGGAAAAUUUUAGAGAAAAAUAAUGGAAGAUUGAAUAUUAUGAAAUUAUUAUUAAGAAGAUAUUGGAGAUUAACUCCAAGUCUUGUAGUUGCUAUGACAAUUCCAUUUAUUAUACCCCUUAUGGGAUCUGGUCCAUUGUGGAAUAUUGGAAUGCAACAAGGAAUUGAUUCUUGCAAAAAUCGUUGGUGGGCAAAUCUUCUGUACAUCCAAAAUAUUUGGAAGUUUAAUGAAAUAUGUCUUCCACAUUCCUGGUAUCUUGCCUCAUUAAUGCAGUGCCACUUAAUAGGAAUUCUCUUAUUAUUAAUUGGUUUCAGAUGGAAAUUAAUUGGUUUAGUUCUGGGAAUAGUUCUUCUUCUUAUAUCUAUGAUAAUAACAGCAGCUUUAACAGAGAUUUACAAUUUACCUUUACUUAAUGUUCUCAUUGGUGAUGAUCUAAAAUUACAGAAUCAAAACCCUUAUUUAGAUCUUAUAUAUAUAAAGCCAUACAGCCAUUUACCUGUUUAUAUUAUUGGAAUGGGAGUUGGAUUUUUUAUUUGUAAAUAUCCGAAACCUAAUCUGAAAAUGACUUAUCAAGUCAUUGCUUGGAUAGUUGCAAUUUUUUGCAAUAUAGCAGUAAUAUAUUCAUACAGAAAAUAUAAUAGUAGACCAACCAUUAUAUUGUAUUCUUCCAUUCAUAGAAGUGUUUGGAGUAUAGGACUAGCUUGGGUGACAUAUUCUUGUUCGACUGGACAUUCGGGUUUUAUAAAUAAAUUCCUUUCUUGGAAAGCAUUUGCUGUUUGUGGUCAGCUGACUUAUUGGUCUUAUUUAAUUCAUUUCUUCUUUCUACUUGCUAAAUCUGCAUAUGUGAGAGAUAAUUUUUAUUUCAAUCAUUACAAUAUGGUCUAUACAGUUUUAGGACAUAUUGUUCUCUCAUUUAUUACAGCGUUCAUACUUCAUAUCAUGGUAGAAAUGCCUUUUACUAGAUGGGAAAAGAUAUUUUUCCAAACAAAGAAAAAGCAGGAAACAUUUGAGACUUAACAAUUUUUCAAUGAUAGAAAAUUUCUUAUGACUAUAUUAUUAAAUAUAAAAUGUUGUACCAAUACCAAACUCCAAGGCAUAUCGUUUACUUUUUGAAAAUGGUGUUUUAGUCCAAUCUAUUAAUGUAAUUUUGAGCUGAGAAAAAGAAAUUCAUCAUAACCUUAUGCAUUCAAUUCAUUUCAGGAGAAGAGGCACUAGAAAAAGUAAAUCUAGAAGAAAAGAAUAUAAAAAGAGAGAGGAAAGUCUAAACAAAAUGUUGUAUUAAAUAAUAAAACCAUUAGUUUGUUUUAUGUAGUACAUAAAGUAUAUAUAUAAUUAAUUUUACAUCUCUUAGACAUUAAAAAAUCUACAUAAUAAUGUUAAUUGCAAACAAGCAUAUUUAUGAAUUUGUUGAAUUUAUGUCUUACAGGCAAACAGUAUUCAAGCCGAACAUACUUUAAUCAAUUUCUAUGUACUGAAUUGAAAUAUUUUGUACAUUGACAGAAAUUUUCUUUUUACUUUAUAUCAAAAGCUCUGAAAUUGUUAUUUAUUCUUAAGAUUAAUGCUUUAAUUAACAUUUAGUUAUUUAUGUAAUUUAUAAACAUCUUGUAUUGAUAAAUUCAAAGUCCUUAUUUACUUCAGAGAAAUCUCUAUUAAUUUAAUUACAGAAUGAUAAAUUAUUAAAUAAACAUACAUUUUCUAAGAAUAAGACAGUUUUGAAUCUGUAAUAAGCCACAAGUUGAUGCAUGGUUCUUCUAUAACAGCAUUCUGUACCGAUUUACUACAGGCUCAAAGACACACCGAUGUCAAAUCUCUGUUCUCAUUACCAUAUCCCAUUCUAUUGAAUUAAUUCGACAAUUCACACAUUGUUUAGUAAGUAAAUUUGGCUUAUGAACUCUUUCAAAUUCUACGUUCAUUUUCCGAAAUACACAAUUUCAUCACCAUCACAAGUUCUUACAUACUCAUUUACAAGAAGUUCUGCAAUAAAACUUUCAUUGAAGUGAAUAGGGUCUUUAUAAACUCCCUGUAUAAGUCUAAUAAUCAAUUUAUAUUUAAGUACCAUUUCUCUAGCACUUUCAGGCAACCAUGUGCUAACCAUAACAGAUCUCUGCAAUAUCAUUUGUAGCCAAUGCAAGUGAAUGGAUACAAAUAAUUUUGUAGAGUUCUGUCACAGUUCCUUAAAUUAAAUACUAUUUAAGGGGAACGGUUAGGUGAUUGUUUUGAUUGCUAACAAGUAUUAGAGAAAUAGUACUGAAUUUAAAUUUGCCAGUUCCAAUA